ACUCGCAGCGAACCGAUCGCACAACCGGAACAAUAAAGCGGAAUUUAUUGCAAAACCCCAUCCGAUACAAGUGACAAAACCCCGGUGACAUCAUGUGCAAAACUGUGAUGAUCUGUUUGGCCAUCGUGGCCUCCAUUUCGAUGGUGCUGGCCCAAAAUCCACAGACCUGCGCUCAAGCCACCAGCUUGGAUUUUAACCAGACCGAAUUGGCUGGCCAGUGGGUGGAGGUGGCCCGCAACCCAGCUGCGAAUGUGUCCUGCAUUACGCUGAACGUUGCCAUCUGGAACAACACCAACAUGCUGGUCAACAUCAGCCACUCGAGCACCAACCUCUCCACCUACGUGGACGUCUACGAAACUGCUAACAUCACCUUGAAUGCUACUAACCCUCUUGCUGGCUACAACGUGAGCAUCGUGAAUGGAUCGCAGACGAAGUACGUCUGGGUGAAGCUGCUGCAGUUUGUGAACUCGACCUAUGUGACGGGCUGCAGUUACACCGAUGCCAACAAUGCUUCCACCAGUGCCGGAUUCAUUUUGGCCAGGUCGAGCUACACUCCCGAUGGCAUCAAGAUUGCCAACAACAAUGCCUCUGCAUCGUGGAGCAACUUCCAGCAGAACGUCUACGGCAAUGUCACGCAAUUGGGAUGCUAUGCCAGUUCUGCUGGAAAGAGUGUUCCUCUGACUCUGAUUUCUGGCUUCCUGGCCUUUGCUCUGUUGCUGAUCAAGUCCUAAGGAAGGAUAUGUAAAUCACUGAUCUGCCUAGCCACCAUAAAUGAAAGAACCUAACAAGCCAAAAACGUUGCCUUAGUAAUUGCGUCAUUCUCUUUAUUUAGUUUUUAGUUGACUUUAAAAAUCCCCGCACUCCGAAAGUGAGCCAAGGCGAAACGAUGUCAAUAAAAGUAAACCAAAAUGGGUGAGGGCCCGUAAAAAAAAGCCCCCAUCGAAAAGAACAAAAACUCGAUAAAGGUGUAGAGACAGAGGAAUCGGGUGUCUCGAUACUCUGCUGCAAUCAGUGCUUUAAUUUGCUGGCAACUUGUUCAACGGCAUGCGUGAUAAGAUAGCCGUAAAAAGAUAACAAAAUAUAUGACUCGGCCACCAAAUCACAAAACAUUCAA